GUGACCUGCGCACUCGGCCCUGUUGUUGAGUUUGUUAUGACAAGUCGAGGCCUCGGACUAAAUUACGAGCGAAGCCCCCCCCGUGUCUAUCCGGGCGACUCCGUGAUGGAAAGCAUGGACCUGGACCUGGACCAGGAACUCAUGCAGAAAUUCAGCUGCAUGGGGACAACGGACAAAGAUAUUUUAAUAACUGAAUUUCAGAGGCUGCUCGGCUUCCAGCUAAACCCCGCCGGAUGCGCCUUCUUCCUGGACAUGACCAACUGGAAUUUACAAGCAGCCAUCGGAGCCUACUAUGACUUUGAGAGUCCCAACAUCAGUGCACCGUGCAUGUCCUUCGUGAGUGACGUGACGAUUGGUGAGGGCGAGUCAGUUCCACCAGACACACCUUUCACAAAGACCUGGAGAGUACAGAACACAGGUGCAGAGUCGUGGCCUCCGGGGGUUUGUCUGAAGUAUGUUGGCGGAGAUCAGUUUGGUCAUGUUAACAUGGUGAUGGUGCGGUCUCUAGACCCUCAGGAAAUUGCUGACGUUAGUGUGCAGAUGCAGAGCCCUGCAUCUCCAGGCAUGUACCAGGGCCAGUGGAGGAUGUGCACAGCCACCGGACUGUACUUUGGAGACGUCAUUUGGGUGAUCCUGAGUGUGGAGGUGGGAGGCCUCCUCGGCGUCACGCAACAGCUGUCCUCUUUUCAAGCAGAGUUCAACACCCAGCCUCACCGCAGCCUGGAAGGAGACUACAACCCGUUCGCCUCGCCGGAGAAGAGCAAGUGCCCCAACAGCAACAACAACAGCCUCCUUGACGCCAGCAGUCACAUGGUCACAGAGGAACAUUGGCAGGGAAGCCCCAACCAGCUGCAGCAAGAUCAGAAUGGACUUUCACACAACUCUGUGGAUAUAGUAGCAAAUAGUCUACAAAGCAAUCUAUCAGUAGUCUCUUAUAACCAGGUAAGACAUAUCAAAGGGCAGGGGGAUUUCCCAUAUUAGUGAAUCAUGGUUGAGGUUAUUAUGGUCACAUUUCCAUCAUCAUUAGAAUGGCAACUUAAAAUUCUGGAAGAAUUCUAUAAUUAACAAAAAAAAAAAUCAAAUCUAUAAAUACAAAGUUGAUUGUAAGGAUAUUUUUUUUAAAUACAUUUAAAAUUGUGUGAGUUGAAAGUGACGCCAAUCGUGAGAAAGGAAAUAUCUAAUCUAAGUCUCUAUCGAGCUGAUGUACUAUUCUAUUAACUUCAAUAUAACUUUACACAGAAAACAUUUCUUACGGCUGCAGUUUUAGUUAAAUGAGGUCUCUCAGAUUUCCUCCCAACCAUAUUAACUUGAAGCUGCAGGGACGUUAAUUCCUUCCAUUUACCAUUUUGAUCUAAUCUUUUAACGAAUUGUCUACACCUACACGUUUGUGUGGCUAUAAUUGGGCACAGGGGAGAUUUGAGAUAGAUACUAAAAUGCCAAUGUUAAGCAGGUUAUUAUAUACCAGGUUUAUCAUAUCAGUUUAGUCUUUAAGCAUGCUAACAUUUGCCAAUUACUGCUAAACACAAAGCACAGCUCAUGUUGAUGGCAAUGUCAUUUAUUUAGCAGGCAUUUGGUCAUAAACUUAACCUUCUAUCAUGGCUAAAAAACACCUAAUAAUGUUCAAAAAUGAGAGUACAAGGCAACAGGAUUUUAGAUGCAAAUGCACACUCAGAGCAUUGACAGGGCAAAAAAAAAGAGGACUUUAGUAAACCAGCGUUCAAAUGAA